ACUAACUUUCAGUGCGUGCUCGAACGCACGCGGGGAAGGUGGGAUUUCUGAGAGGAGUAAGAGGCGUACAUUGGAUCGUGCUGUAACGAAACUUCUAUUCCGAGGGAAGGACAUCGUUCCAUAGAGGCAGCGUCAACCUAUAUGGUGUGUCACGACACUAUGCAAGCACCAUCUCACUCUAUCCGAUGACGCAGUCAAUGUCGUGAGUAGAGCAAGUGAGUCAAUGUGUCAGGUAUCUCGUUUUAAAGUUAUAGGAAAACGUCACUAACGAGCGGGAUACAUAUUUACGGUUACUGAGUAAAACCACGAUCGCACGCUUUGUUUCGCUUGCCAGUAACCUGAAGUGGAGCAUGGGAGGAAUACAAGCAGCGAGCAGUAUUUUUUUGUUUGAUGAAGUGAUGCGCGUCAUCCGUUGCACUUAGGUUUGGAAAGCACAGUACUCACUCUUGCUACCGGCGCGGACGCUUGCAACUGCACUUGUCGUAUCACUGUUUCACCCGAGCACCGCCGCGCGCUACGGCUCUGCGCAGAGUGACCUAUUGUGACGUGUGUCCGCUAUGUGAGGAGCAGCUGAUCGGAGGACACCAUCAUCUCGUCUCCCGAUGGCUGUGAGUGCGGGCAGGUCGGCUUCGGCGGCGACGCGCGUGCUGCUGCUGGCGCUGUCCUGGAGCGGCGCCGUCUCUGGAGCCUCCGGUGGCGCUGCGGACUCGCUGGAGGACCCCACGUGGUCCCCUCUGGCCGUCGCGCACUGCCGGGCCACGUGUCUGCGACAGUUCUUGCCGACCAAUGGAAAGGAUUCUUCCUGUAAGCUGCACCGAGAUUGCUUCAUGUGUUGGGAGAACUGCGAGUUGUUGCAGUCUGAUUGGUCGGUGUGGGGCUCCAUGUGCUCCGAGCAGAGUGUCUGUUUCCCGGGCUGCCGGCAGGCGUGCCGCUUCUUCCGCGGCGGCCAGGGUGGGGACGGCGGCUCGGGCCCGGCGCCGCCCCCGCAGCAGCAGACGCCGGUGGCGCAGACGCGCGCCCUGCCGCUGCUCGCCGUCGCCGGCCGCGACCUCUUCUGGCCCUGCCGGCUGCCCCGCGACGCCACCGGCCCCAAGGCCGCGCCGGGCGACGCCAGGCUCGUCUACGUCGUCGUCUGGAGGCCCGACGACGCCUCCCACUGGCGGCAGGUCACGCAGACGGAGCAGUGCGGGGCGCGCGUGCCGUCCGCCUCCGGGUCGGCGCGCGUGCUGGCUGUAGACGCCGGCGGCCUCCGCACCGUGUACAACCCCGCCUGGGCCGCCCCCGCCGCCUCCCUGGGGCCCGUAGCCGCCCGAGACCUGGCCGGCGCCUCGAUGCGGCACCCCACCCCUGCGGGACCCAGCACCGUCACCGGGGACGGCAGCGUGUGGUCGGUCGAGGUGCUGUCUGUGAUCCACCAGGGAGUGCUGGUGAUCGCAGAGCUGUCGUGGCGAGCGCCGGACAAGGACCUGCUGGCCACGCGACGCGACGGGGGUUCCCCGCUGUACCUGGUCACGUGGGAGGUGGACGGCGGGGGAAUCACCGGGAACCUCUACACCGACUCCUCCUGCGUCACGCUCUCUCUCUGGCCUGACACUGUAUUUCACAUUCGGGUGGAGCUGAUGUGGCACUCGCGGUCGCUGUCGCACAGCGAGCCCCUGCGGCUGGACACGAGCGGCGUGAGCGCGCCCGCCGUGCGUCGCGAGCUGUCCGCCCCCGAAGCCGCCCCCGCGUCGGGCAGGCCCGCG